AUGGAGACUGGUCACGCAAAAGGACUGAUUCAGGCUAUUCAGGCUUUUCGAAAUGUCUACGACCAUGAGCACCAACAUCUAUCACCUAGCGAGCGAGAAACGGGCUGGCAACAGUACUGGACAUCGAUCAGCGCUCAGGCAAUAAGCGGUUCUGGAGCACCUGUCGUCCCCUCAAAACGCAGUGCGUCGCAUUCAUUUGGUGAGGAGCCGUCUUCCAAGCGACCUGGCCUCGACAAUUUGGUUACGGACACGCCUACCCAUCCUCUUCAGCGACAAAUCUCAGCGCCAGCCUUUCUCAGGUCAACGACACGGGACAUCUCAACGACUGUUCCCAUCCGACGCCCUGCGGCAUCAUUGGCAACACAAUCAGAAACGCUCUACUCGUUCACUCGGACCGGCCUCGGCAACAUCGAAGAGGUUCAGGAUCUCUCACCAGCCGAAUAUCUUGAGCAGAGCCAGAACGUUUACGCUACGCCUCACUCCCUAACGCCAUCGCCGGCUGUUGAACGUGGUGAGUUCAACGAUCAGACCACCUCCAACCUCACUUACCACCAAGCGUACGAGCCAUCAGCUCCGCAACCGCCGAUGACAGUCAUCAGCGACUCAAGUUUGGUCUCGAGAUCAGCAGUUCUUAGUGAGCCGAUGACUCGCAGUAACACUGAUGACGUGCUCUGCAAAGGCUUCGACAUGUUCCGCAUGAACUCAUUGUCGAAGCCCAAUGAGUCCAUCGAGCUCGGUAAGGCUGAGGAUCUCGACGACCAAACACUCCCUUUCUCAACCAUGGUACCUCAACAAUACCAUGACAUUUCUUAUUCUGGGAACCCCCUCCCCUUUCCUUAUUGUUCGGAAGAGAUGGCAGCAUCACUUUCGCAGGAAAGUGAUGUGUCAUCAUCUCCUUUUACUUCAGUUCACUCUUCGCCUCGGAUGCAAGAGUCGCCCACCGCGAGUGUGCGGCUACUUGCACCGAAGCAAGAGUCGGACAAGUCAUCGUCGCCAACCGGGAAUCCUCGGUUUGUGGAUGUAAAAGGUGCAGACGGCACCGUCAAGCGUAAAGCAGAGAUCACACGCGCUGCUCGACGAGAGCCAGAUCAGAAAGAUGUCGAUGGCAAAUUUCUCGCCAACUGCAAAGCCUGCCGAAACAAGAAAACUUAUGGUGCGAACUACAAUGCCGCCGCUCACCUUCGUCGUGCCCACUUCAACCCACCCAAGAACAAAAGAGGUGGCCGUGGCAAGAAAAGUGAAGGUCGCGGAGGUAUGGGUGGUGGCAACAAGCCUGCGAUGGAUGAGCUCAAGCAUUGGAUGUAUGAAGUCUGGGAGGAAAACACCAGCACCAGCAAAGUCCUCGCCCACGAGCUUGCUGUCGACCUCGACUCAUUUGAGGCGUACCAGCAACAGCAUAGCUAUCCUGGCGAGUACGAUGAGCUCACCUACAGCCAUGAUGUCCUGUUGGCCAUGCACCAUCAGCAUCAGCAGCAGCAACAACAACAGCAUGAGCAAUUCAUGUACGGCAUUCCAGCCACGACUAUGGCUGGUCACCAUCCUUCCACGGCAGACCUUGACGACAGUACCAAGAAGCAGACGACAGAACCUUGA